AUGAAGACACAGGGUCGCGUUAGAACUAAGACUGUCAAGAGAGCCUCUAAGGUUUUGAUCGAGAGAUACUACCCAAAGUUGACCUUGGACUUCGAGACCAACAAGAGAUUGACCACUGAGAUCGCUGAGAUCCAGUCCAAGAGACUCAGAAACAAGAUUGCUGGUUACACCACCCACUUGAUGAAGAGAAUUCAGAAGGGUCCAGUUAGAGGUAUCUCCUUCAAGUUGCAGGAAGAGGAGAGAGAGAGAAAGGACCAGUACGUCCCAGAGGUCUCUGCCUUGGACUUGUCCCACACUGGUGGUCAGUUGGAGGUUGACGCCGAGACCGCUGACUUGGUCAAGACCUUGGGUUUCAAGAUUCCUCUUCAGACUGUUGCCAUCUCUUCCCAGAGAGGCCCAAGAAGAUUCGCCAAGAGAAACUAA